AUGGACGCUUUUUGUGGAAUUGAAAUCGUUGGAGAUGCCAUGGCCUAUGAAACGAACAAAGUCGCCAAAUACCACGAAUAUCAAGAAUAUCCCACACUAGAAGAGUCUACCGUUGGCGAAGACGAGUCUCUGGGUUAUGACCACCAUCAUCAACCUCAAAACGAGUACAAUCCAGUCCAUGAGCGCCCUGAAAUUCCAUCAGAAGAGGUAGGAAGCGGCAAAGAAGGACGAUACGAAGAUGGCGAUGAUGAUGAUGAUGAUGAGGAACAAGAAAAUACCUUCUCUCGGUUUGUAGUUUGCUAUCACCGACCUGAUGAUGCUACUGUGCCCUCUGCUCCUACGAAACAGCAUCGACAACACGAAGAUCCCUAUGACGAUGAAUACGAAAGACCCAGUCGUUGGGGCUCUUCGACUGCUGCCUUGUGUUCUUCUGGAGGAGGUGGUUGUCCAACAGACUCUCCUCGAUCGACAGUCAAACGAUUGUCCAUACGCAAUACGCGAGAUAUCAUCGAGAGAUCUGGUUCCAAACUCAUGUUGUGUCAUCCCCAAGAUUAUCCCGAAGACGCUCCCAAUCUAUUGGAAGACUGCGACUUUGAGAUAUUGGCACCUCAAGACACCCUGGACGAAGGCCAAGCCGAAGAAGUCCAAGUGCUCAAUCCCGACAUUAUGGAAGACCUACAGAGUCAUUUGCCUCUGUCCAAGAAGGGAGAGUCCUUUUGGCUGCAAUACUCACUCAUUCGAGACGGCGCCAGCAUGGAUUCCCUGCUGUACAAGAUUCGAAAUACGGAUCACUGCGUUCUCGCCAUUGAAACUGUGGAUGGGGAUGUGUUUGGAGCCUACACUACCAAACGAUGGCGGUAUCACGAUGACUUUUUUGGAAAUCGUGAUGCCUUCUUGUGGCGCAAGAAUCCAGACCCCAAAGACGGAGUUGAAGACGUCCAAUGUUAUCACUUUUCACAUCUCAACCAAGAUGUUCAAUUGUGUACCCACGAUCGAUUGGCCGUGGGGGGAGGGAUUCGCAAAUUUGAUCCCGAAUAUGGGUUUGGGAUUUCGCUCGAUCGCGAUCUGUUGUCGGGGACGACUAGCAAGAGCAUGACCUUUUUGAAUCCUCCACUUUCAAGCAAGCACGCCGAUGGAUCGGCCUUUGAAGUUCGCAACAUUGAAGUAUGGGCAUUGACUCCCUGUCUUUCGUUAGAAGAUGCCCAACGAAUUGCCGACCGGGUACAAAACAAUCCGAUAUGGGCGUAA